UAAACACAACACAAAACGCGGGGGCUGUCGAGGUUGUAUAUUUUUUUUGUUUUACGUUGUACAGAGAUUUGUUACGUUGAAUCGCAUGAACUGUACGAUUGACGACACGAGUUGAUUCGAAUUGGACUCUUUUCCUUGUUGAUGCUGGUGAAGCAGUGAAACUGUUCAGCGGAAUUGGUUUACUGAACUGGCGCCGGAUAUAUGGAAAUGGAGUGUGGGAUCUCGGUGUAUCAUCAUUAGAACGACUACAAAAAAAGAGACAGGAGAACUCGUUGCAGUUGAGCCAAAAAAAACUAAAACACGCCACACGACCCCGUGUUUUUAAUAAGGCUACAGACUUGAAUCUUUAGCAGUCAGGAUGGAAAGACGUCGCAAACUUGGUUUAUCUUUGGCUUUGAUCCUGUCUUGUUUACAGUGGACAACCUCUUUCAAUCUGGAUAUUGACAAGCCCUAUGUAUUCUCUGGACCUAAAGGAAGUUAUUUUGGAUUUUCUGUGGAUUUUUUCCAGCCAAAUAAUAAGCAGUCAAACAUUCUUAUAGGAGCUCCCAGGGCCAACACCUCCUCAGCUUCCACAGUGGUGGAGCGAGGGGCAGUCUAUACCUGCCCAUGGCAGAAGAGUAGUGACUGUACCCAAGUACAGUUUGACAAUACUGAUGAUCGUGAAAAUAUAGACGGAGUCCAGAUGGAGUUCAAGUCCAACCAGUGGUUUGGAGCCACAGUACGGUCAGAUGGGGAACACAUCCUGGCCUGUGCUCCUCUCUACCAGUGGAGCACGUUCAGCUUAUCCGAGCGAGAGCCAGUUGGUACGUGUUUCCUGAAGAAAGGAGGAGAGGUGGUGGAGUAUUCUCCCUGUCGAUCUGAUGGUAACUCCCCAGAGAGGCAAGGAUUCUGUCAAGCUGGAUUCAGUAUUGACUUCGUCAAGAACAACAGGGUGGUUGUUGGAGGCCCUGGUAGUUUCUAUUGGCAAGGUAAUUUUGUUAAACUCAUUCAAAUGUUGUUUUUUUUACUUUCAGGUUACUCUGUGACCGUCGGAGACUUCAAUGAGGAUGGAGAAGAUGACUAUGUUACUGGGGUCCCCAGGGGAGACAAAGCUCUGGGCUACGUGAACAUCUUCAAUGGGAGGAACAUGGAGUCAAUGCUGAAUUUCACAGGAACCCAGAUGGCUGCCUACUUUGGCCAUUCAGUGGCAGCGACCGACCUCAAUAAUGAUGGGCUGGUGGAUCUGUUUGUAGGGGCCCCUCUGUUCAUGGACCGUGGUAGUGAUGGGAAGCUGAGGGAGGUGGGCCAGGUGUCUGUGUUCCUGGGGAAGGGAGGCUUCUCCUUCCACACACCCAUCACACUGAGUGGGACAGAGAUCUACUCGCGUUUCGGCAGUUCUAUCGCCACACUGGGGGACCUGGAUAUGGAUGGCUUCAACGACGUUGCCAUAGCUGCACCCUACGGCGGGCCGAAGCACAGGGGCCUAGUGUACAUCCACAAUGGGAGGGCUGCAGGGCCUGACCCAGUGCCUUCUCAGGUGCUAGUGGGGAGGUGGGCCUCCUCUUACAUGCCCCCCAGCUUUGGAUACUCCCUGCACGGAGCCACCGAUAUUGACCAGAAUGGAUACCCAGACUUAAUAGUGGGUGUAUUUGGUGCAGACAAAGCUGUUCUAUACAGGGCCCGGCCGGUCAUCAGUGUUAACGCCACCUUGGACAUCAGCCCUCAGAUCCUCAACCCACAGGAUAGGAACUGCAAACUGCUUGACCAUGACACACCGGUGUCCUGUUUCAAAGUGAAGUACUGUGUGAAGGCGAGUGGGAGAAGCGCCCCAGCCUCACUGAAGUUCCAGGUUGACCUGGUGUUGGACAAACACAAACACAAGGGGGCGACAAAGAGAGUUCUGUUCCUCCACGGCAAGACAUCCCGGUACACCAAGAACAUGACGGUCAGCAACGGCCGAGGACCAGCCUGCGAGGAGCAAGAAGCCUUUCUCAUAGACGACUCUGAGUUCCGGGAUAAGAUCACUCCCAUCUCUGUGUUCAUGGAGUUUAGUCUGGACUACCAGCAGGCUGCAGAUAAGACCGGCCUACUGCCCAUCCUGGACCAGUCUACGCCCACCAACAUCUCCAAACAGGCCCAUAUCCUACUGGACUGUGGAGAUGACAACAUCUGCAAGCCAGACCUCAAGCUGUCUGUAGUGAGUGACCAGAAGGAGAUCUACAUUGGAGACGAUAACCCCUUGACCCUGGAGGUGACCGCGGAGAACCGAGGAGAAGGGGCGUACGAGGCAGAGCUACAUGUCUUCAUUCCACCCCAGGCUGACUUCACCGGGGUCGUACGCAACAGUGAGACUCUGUCUAGAUUGUCCUGCGCCUACAAGAUAGAGAAUCAGACCAGGGUGGUGGUGUGUGACCUGGGGAACCCCAUGAAAGGAGGAACUAAAGUGCUGGCCGGACUACGUUUCAGCGUCCACCAGCUCUCAGAGCAGGACACGUCUGUGGAGUUUGACCUGCAGAUAAAGAGUUCCAACCAGUUCAACAACACCAGCAGUCGGGUCCUCAGCAUCACAAAGCUGGCUGUCCUUGCCAAGGUGGAUAUCAGAGGGGUGUCCGCCCCAGACCAGGUCUUCCUGCCUGUUGCCAACUGGCAGCCUAAAGAGAACCCUGUCGUAGGAGACGACAUCGGCCCACAGAUACUGCAUGUCUAUGAGUUGCGUAACAGAGGUCCCAGUACCUUCAGCAAGGCCAUGCUGGACAUCGAGUGGCCCUACAGGUUCAACAACGGCUCUCUGCUCUACAUCACUAAACUAGAGGUGGACGGAGAUGGAGGCAUGAACUGCAGUACAGACAUGGAGAUCAACCCACUCAAUGUCUCAAACCCUCUAUCUGGAGAGAAGAACAUCACCUCUCCAAGUGGAGGAGGAGACAGGACAGAGGGGAGGAACAGGAACCAUGUCCACCGCAGAGAGCUGGAGAGGAAGGAGAUGGAGGGAGACCUGGAAACUCUGGACUGUUCCAAGGUCCAGUGUCUGAAGAUCCGGUGCCAGGUGGGCCGUGUGGAGAGAGGUCAGAGUGCUAUCCUCUACAUCCACUCCAGGCUGGGGGUGGCCACCUUCCUCAAGACUGAGAGCCAGAACCGAUCGUUCACCGUGAGAUCCUCAGCUUCCUUCAGCGUCAUAGAGAUGCCUUAUAACAAGAACCUGUUGCCUGAGCUGCCCUCCAACACUACUACGGUGAGUAUGUCAGUGAUCUGGGUGAAAUCAGAACCUGAACCGGUCCCUUGGUGGGUGGUGACCUUGGCCCUGAUCGCUGGACUACUGCUACUGGCUCUGCUUAUCUUCGUCAUGUACAAGCUGGGUUUCUUCGAGCGUGUACGCCCCCCGCAGGAAGACAGCGCGGAGAAGGAGCAGCUGGCACCGCAGGAGAACGGUGACAGGAACACCGAUGCUUGAUAGGGCUCCCAACACACGACCCUGUGUAGCUGUCUGAAUAGGUUUCCCCGUGUAGUGCACUACUUUGGAACAGAGCGCUACGGGAUAGCACCAGUACACACUGUCCCAUCUACUCUUUAUAAUCAUACUCACACUGUACCCUGCAUCCUGAAGCCCCGUCGUCUACUACUCCUCUUGCAUAUACUUAAGACAACACAGCUGUAUGAGAUGGCUGGGAGGAGCAAACAAGUGAUUUGAUAUUUAAAAAAAAUGCUGAUGUAAAUCAUAUUUGAAAAGGACUCCCGAUCUUCUUCUGGUUAUUGGUCCUGCGUCUUUUAGUGCACUUGGGACUUUCAGUUUUAAAAUGAAUUGCUACAACAAUGUGAAUUUCGAGACUGCAAGGAAUCAAUUACAAUGCUGUACGGUCUUUGAAGACAAUAGUUAAUGAAAUGGUUUUUGAAUGGGCACUGCAAGGUGUGGAUAUGGACUUAUUGUUGAGAGUAUGUUAUGUUAUGCUUCUGCAAUUGAUGACAUCCCCCGGGGCAAUUUUCCACUCUACAGAUACAGGAUUAUACAAUUGUAUGUGCACGUCACUGUGUAUUAAAAGGAUGAAUUGACCCAUAUUGGGUAAUCAACGUGGAACUUAAAUUGUUUUUGUUUUUUGCAUUAGAGCACUAUAGUAUCUAAUUACCCAUCACCCACUGCUUCGUCUGUUUAUCUUAAAGCACGUUUUCAUGUUACAAUAAUGUCAUUUUACCAGACUUUUUUUUUUUUUUUUCAAAUUGAUUUCAAGUUGUUCCUUGUUCAUACUUUUGGGUGUUUAAAAAAAAAAAGACAAUAUUACUGAAAAUGAUGACAUAUUCCUUUCCCACAUAUCUGGUUGAGCUGACAACGUUUUGAUCUUUCCUGAAUUAAAUGUUUUAAAACCAUAA